CUUAAAAGUAUAUUUCUGUUAUUUGCGUGAGCUCAAUGGUUGACAAAUUAGACCGUAACAAAACCUCAACAAGAACGGGAGGGUGACUCGGUUCCUUUCGGAUGGAGUCGGAAUAUCCGAGCCAAAAGACCCUUUGAUGCCAUCGUUCACUGUAUCGUGUCUCUGCUGUUUGUUUACAUCCAAUUAAACGAGUGCCUGUAGGACGAGGAGACAGUGCUGGAAUGGACGCUGCAAAUCAGUUUACAUCUGCAGGGACCUUCCAGGUACUUAAAUUACCUCUGGGGUUUAUCCGUGUUUUGGAAUGGCUCUUUGCCAUUUUUGCCUUCGCAACAUGUGGGGGCUACUCAGGGCAGCUACGGGUUAGUGUGGACUGCAUGGAGAAGGCCAGCAGUAACCUCAGCAUUGCCAUUGACUUCGCUUAUCCAUUUAGGUUGCACCAAGUGUCUUUUGAAGCACCAAUGUGUGAGGGCAUGAGGAGAGAGCGCCUCUUUCUCAUCGGAGACUAUUCAUCCUCGGCUGAGUUCUUUGUCACAAUUGCAGUAUUUGCAUUCAUCUACUCCCUUGUUGCCACCGUUGUCUACAUCUUCUUUUUUAACAAGUACCGUGAAAACAUCAGAGGACCACUGAUUGAUUUUGUUGUGACCGUUGUGUUCUCCUUCAUGUGGCUCGUCAGCUCUUCUGCUUGGGCCAAAGCUUUGUCUGAUGUCAAGCUGGCUACAGAUCCAGAUGAGGUUCAGGUCCUUAUUCCUGCUUGUAAGGAUCCAACAAAUAAAUGCGGCUCUGUGCAGGAACCACGCUGGUCUGGACUUAACACUUCAGUGGUGUUUGGGUUCCUCAACUUUGUUCUCUGGGCGGGAAACAUCUGGUUUGUCUUCAAGGAGACUGUUUGGCAUAAGGGUGGUACCAGGUUUGCGGGUGGGGUCUCUGAGAAGCAGACCAGCACUUUUACCCAGCAGCCCAACAACCAAGGCGGCUUUGAUCAGUCUGGGAGCUACAACACACAGUGUGACCUAAGCCAGCCAUCUGAGUACAGUCAGGUUGGAGGGCCAUCUUCUUACGCCAAUCAAAUGUAGUUUACCUUUUACUUUCUUUUCACCAUAAGAGGUACUUACGGCAACAGGUGAUGGCAAUGAGAAGGAGGUGGGGGGGCAUAAUCAAGAGGUGUUAGAAAAGUUUAAAGGUUUUGUCAGGGACAUUUUUUUAGUCUUUCAGAGUUUCAUUUAGGGAGAGAGGGUGGAAGCGAGGGGUAAAUGCAGUGUGUUUUAUUUAUUCUUGUUUGGAUUAUAUCUAUUUGCUUGGUAAUGUUUGCACUUGGAUGUUAUUGGUAUUUGUAUAAUCCUAAAUUUGAAAAUGUUUUGUGCAUGAUAUUUCUACAUGUUAUUCUCUUAUUUUAAUGCUAUUUAGCAUAAUAUAACAGUUGGAGCUCGGUUUACAUCUUCAAUUAUUAACCUUAACUGAAGUAUAUUUUAGUGAAUCAAUGUAUGUGACUGAUAAAACACAUUGCAGGCAAUUUUGUUAUGCUCAUGUUAAAACAAUUUCCUAUUUUCCCCACAAGUGGGUGCUCUUGCAACAGUUUACUGUGAAUGUUGUUCAUGCUUGUGUCAGACUUUUAAAACAUAAGGUUUAGCUCAGUGAAAGCAUGCCAAGAUGUCAUCUGACAUAUCACAAGCCCAGCAAAAAAUGCACAUCAGUGUAAGUGGUAUUAUAUUUAUAUACAAAAUUGUUUAUUCCAAACUGUCAAUCAAAUGUUUUAAAUUUAAAGAGGUCUUACUCAAGGAAACUAUGCUAAGUGAUUUUUGUCUCAUGGAAUAUAAGUGCAACCUAUAUUGUAUGUACAGUAUAUGCAUGUGACAAUAAACCAGCCCGCAUCUCUAGUAGCGUUCUUGCUCCUGUUUUCACGUCACCUCAGACUAUUCAAGUCAAAAGGCACCAUCUGCUGGCUAAUGCUUAGUAUUAUAAAAGGCUGACCUAUUGGUUUUUUUUUUUCUUUCUUCCACUGAACUGUGCUGGUUGCCUGUCAUUUACCAGCACUCCCAAUUUUGACAACUACUCACACAGAUAGGCAAUAUUCAAUCAACUUAUAUGAAUCAAAUCAAUUGUUGCCCUUCACAACUGCUUUUUUUCCUCCAAAGUCAAGAGCUAAGAAAAUAAAUGACCUUUCAGAAUGGUUUGCUGAGAUAUUUCUAUAAUUGGGCAGCUCGGUCACUACAGAUUUAACAAGUGGUGUUAUUUCGCUAACAAUUGCAACCAAGUUCAGCACAGGCAAAAAAAAUGUUUCAACUUACUCUAGCAUACACAUUGAAACUUUGUCUUCCCAGUGAAAGUGCAGUAAAACUGCUCAAAGGAAUGUAAUGCAUUAUUUAAAAUUCAAUUGCAAUGCAUUUUCAUACUCAAAACAAAACAUGAGAACUUUUUUUGCAGACAGUGUUUGUGA